CACUCGCAUCCGCACCCCGCUCGCAUUUGUCGCCACCUCCGCCAGUCCGCCCCAACUUGCGACAGCCGCCGUUGUCGACCGACCUCGCCUCGGCUGAAGCGACCCACCGCGGCUGCGGCAGCUCGCCUGCCACGCCUCCACGCCGUCAUCUCCCGUCCGCCACCUUGCCUUCUCUUCUACAUCGAGCCAUCGGUCCUCUGCGCACGACCUCCACCAUGGAUCAUCUGCCACCAUAGCCGAAGUCGGGCGAAGGAAUCCUUAGGCGUUAGCGCGCCCCGGGGAUUCGCUGCUCGUCGCCAGCGCAGACCAAAAAUGGUUGUAGAAGGAGAUGCGGCUCCUAGUGAAGGAGAGGGAUGUUUGCUUUUUCGUCGUUUUUCAUUUAUCCUUGUAGUAUUUUUUUCAAUUAUAAUAACUAUUUUUUGGGGGUUUUCCACCCAUGUUCUGUAUUUUGUUUGUUCUAUACAGGGGUCUGCAAACCGUUCUUCUCGGCAGUGUUCGAAACGGCCCGCCGACCGGCAGUCUCGUCGUGCUGAUAUCAAUGAAGAGGCAGAGGAUGAUGAGGUUGGUGACCAAUUCCGCAUUGUGAAACGGUGGAAAUGGAAGGCGACCGUGCAUGUGGGAGUUGUAUAUGGAGAUGGCACAUCGUUUGCACCAGCUGUUGAGGUUUUACAGGUUAUGGGGAUGGAGGAGAUGUUAUAGAGCACACAAUUUUCAGCAACGAAGUCACAUAUACUACUGUGUGGAAAGAUCAAAGAAAAAAACACUUGCAAACCAGAUUCUUGUUUGGUAGUUUUAUCUUUCCAUAGUAGCUACAACACUUCUUUUGCUACAUGGACAUUUGUUCUUCUGUAUUAUGUGUGAAUAAAACUCUUUAUCUGCUCUCUCCUAUAUGUUUGCACAUUUUCUGUGUUUUGUUGCACACAUGUUGUAAAAGUUGGCUUGACCCUUAAUGUAGUUGCACGAAAAUCAGUUAAAAUAGCACAAGUACCAGAUCUCCCCAUUUUGAUAUGUGCUUAUGCUAUCUUCAACAACUAUGGAGAAGUUAUUUUUGCGAAGAGAAAUUUGGUAAGGGGGAAAUGGAAAGGCAAGGAGGAAGGACCUGAAUAGGAGGAGAGAAGGAUCACCUCUUUUUUCAC